AUGGAAGAGUCUCCAUCACUGAUGGAAGUGUCUCCAUCACUGAUGGAAGUGUCUCCAUCAGUGAUGGAAGAGUCUCCAUCAGUGAUGGAAGAGUCUCCAUCAGUGAUGGAAGAGUCUCCAUCAGUGAUGGAAGAGUCUCCAUCAGUGAUGGAAGAGUCUCCAUCAGUGAUGGAAGAGUCUCCAUCAGUGAUGGAAGAGUCUCCAUCAGUGAUGGAAGAGUCUCCAUCAGUGAUGGAAGAGUCUCCAUCAGUGAUGGAAGAGUCUCCAUCAGUGAUGGAAGAGUCUCCAUCAGUGAUGGAGACUGACGGAACAAGGAACUCUCCACUUAUGAUGGCAGGGUACAACCCAAUGUUGUGGAUCAUGAACCGUUCCCACGCUACAACAGGAAACCCAAACGGUCGUAUGGUUCCCAGCUCCCUCACUCAAAACUUGAGAAUUACGGGGCAUGUUGACGAGACUUGCGAGAGCGUCUCCGGGGUUGACGAGACUUGCGAGAGCGUCUCCGGGGUUGACGAGACUUGCGAGAGCGUCUCCGGGGUUGACGAGACUUGCGAGAGCGUCUCCGGGGUUGACGAGACUUGCGAGAGCGUCUCCGGGGUUGACGAGACUUGCGAGAGCGUCUCCGUGGUUGACGAGACUUGCGAGAGCGUCUCCGGGGUUGACGAGACUUGCGAGAGCGUCUCCGGGGUUGACGAGACUUGCGAGAGCGUCUCCGGGGUUGACGAGACUUGCGAGAGCGUCUCCGGGGUUGACGAGACUUGCGAGAGCGUCUCCGGGGUUGACGAGACUUGCGAGAGCGUCUCCGGGGUUGACGAGACUUGCGAGAGCGUCUCCGGGGUUGACGAGACUUGCGAGAGCGUCUCCGGGGUUGACGAGACUUGCGAGAGCGUCUCCGGGGUUGACGAGACUUGCGAGAGCGUCUCCGGGAGCGUCUCCGAGGUUGACGAGACUUGCGAGAGCGUCUCCGAGGUUGACGAGACUUGCGAGAGCGUCUCCGAGGUUGACGAGACUUGCGAGAGCGUCUCCGAGGUUGACGAGACUUGCGAGAGCGUCUCCGAGGUUGACGAGACUUGCGAGAGCGUCUCCGAGGUUGACGAGACUUGCGAGAGCGUCUCCGAGGUCCCAUGA